AUGGCUUUAGAGGCCAACAUGUUACAAGAAAAUAUGGCUGUCGAAGCCAAUAGUUGUGAAAAUGGCAAAGUAUUGCCAGCAAUCCAAAAAUUGGACUGCAUCUAUGAUGAAGAACCUUUAGGAUUUGAAAAAGAUCCUUCGAAUUCUAGUUUAAACAGAAAUUUGGUCGAACACAGAUUACCAAUUCGACCAGACAAGAAACCAGUUAAACAAUCACCAAGAAGAUUUGCGCCAGAGAUCCUAUCUAAGAUCAAGGAAGAAAUCGAGAGGCUGCUGAGAAGUAAAUUCAUCAGAACUGCCAGGAUAUGCAUAGAUUUUAGGGACUUAAAUAAUGCUACACCCAAAGACGAAUAUUUUAUGCCUGUGGCAGAAAUGCUAAUAGAUUCAGCAGCAGGCUUUGAGUAUCUUAGUAUGUUAGAUGGAUAUUCUAGAUAUAAUCAAAUUUUUAUUGCUGAGGAAGAUGUGGCAAAAACAGCUUUUCGAUGCCCAGGGGCCUUAGGCACCUAUGAGUGUUACACAAGAGACUUCCUUGGUUUUGUGGUGCAUAAAAAAGGCAUUGAGAUAAACCAAAAUAAGACAAAGGCUAUUUUGGAGACCAAGCCUCCAACGAACAAAAAGCAACUUCAAUCCUUAUUGGGGAAAAUCAACUUUCUGAGGAGAUUCAUUUCGAAUCUAAGUGGUAAGGCUCAAGCUGUUUCACCAUUGCUUCGAAUCAAGAAAGAAGAUAUUUUUACUUGGGGGCAGGAUCAGCAAGAAGCAUUCGAUGAGAUCAAGAAAUACUUGUCUAAUCCUCCAACUCUGAUGCCUCCAAUUAGGAAUAAAUUUAUGAAGUUGUAUAUUUCAGCAUCUGGUACAACAUUAGGUAGUAUGUUAGCCCAAGAGGAUGAAAAUGGCGAAGAAAAAGCCAUUUAUUAUUUAAGUCGACCAAUUUUGCAUAGUCGAAUUGGAAGAUGGGCUUUAGCUCUUUCUGAGUAUUCACUUUUAUACAAGCCUUUGAAGGCCAUUAAAGGGCAAAUAGUGGCUGACUUUAUUGUUGAUCAUUCAGAAAUUGAAUCACCCCAAAACUAUGUUGGUUUGGAACCAUGGAUACUAUAUUUUGAUGGGUCUAAACAUCAACAUGGUACAAGAAUUAACAUUUUAAUCAUUUCCCCAUUAAAAAUUCCUACUAAGUUUAAGUAUAAGAUUAAUGGUAUUUGUUCGAAUAAUGAGGCUAAAUACGAAGCCUUGAUAGCAGGAUUGGAAAUACUAUUAAGCUUGGGGGCAAAAGAUAUAAAAGGUGAUUCAGAAUUAGUUUUGAAACAAUUAACAAAAGAGUACAAAUGUAUCAAAGAACAUUUAAUUCGAUACUUUGUCAUAGCGAAUACGUUAUUGAAGCGUUUCGAUUCGAUUGACAUAGAACAUGUCCCUCGAAUAGAGAAUCAGGAAGCAAAUGACUUAGCGCAGAUUGCUUCAGGAUACAAAGUGUCCAAAGAAAAAUUGGAACAAUUAGUGGAAAUUAAAGAAAAAUUGAUUUCUAAAGAACCAAUGCAGUUGGAAUUGUCAAUGCCAAAACUUGUGGGGGCAGAUACGUCACACAAAGACGUAAAUAAUUUUGAUUCAAAAAUGGAUCAUGAUGUUUAUGAUGAAUUUCAAAUUUUUGUCAUUGACAAUUUAAUAAAUGGUGAUUGGAGAAAACCAAUCAUGGAGUACUUGGAAAACCCAAUUGGGAAUGCUCCUCGAAAAAUCAAAUAUAGGGCAUCAAAUUAUGUAAUCAUUGGAAAUGAAUUAUUCAAAAAGACCCUCGAAGGAAUAUUAUUAAAAUGCCUUAGUGAAACUGAAGCCUAUAUAGCAAUCUCUGAUAUUCAUAGUGGAGCCUGUGGUUCUCACCAAUCAGGUCAUAAGAUGAAAUGGCUUUUAUUUCGACAAGGCAUGUAUUGGCCAUCCAUGCUGAAAGAUUGUAUAGAUUUUGCUAAAGGAUGUCAAGAAUGUCAAAAACAUGCAGGAAUUCAACAUGUACCUGCAAGCGAAUUACAUUCGAUAGUAAAACCUUGGCCCUUUAGAGGAUGGGCUUUAGAUUUAAUUGGUGAAAUAAGACCAGCAUCGUCAAAAAAUCAAAAGUACAUUAUAGUUGGUAUUGACUAUUUCACUAAAUGGAUCGAAGCCAUACCCUUGCCUAGUGUUGAGCAGGAAGAAGUGAUAAGUUUCAUUCAAAACCAUAUCAUCUACAGAUUUGGAAUACCUGAAACUAUUACAACUGAUCAAGGCUCAGUAUUCACUGGUCGAAAAAUGCAAGAAUUUGCUAGACAAACAGGGUUUAAACUAUUGACUUCGAGACCAUAUUAUGCACAAGCAAAUGGUCAAGUUGAAGCUGCCAAUAAGAUUAUUAUUGGAUUAAUUAGAAAACACAUUGCUCAAAAGCCAAGAAAUUGGAAUAAGACUUUGAAUCAAGUUUUAUGGGCAUGUAGAAAUUCCCCCAAGGAAUCAACGAAUUCUACUCCGUUUCGAUUAACAUAUGGUCAUGAUGUUGUUCUGCCUGUAGAAAUCUAUUUGCAAUCUAUUAGAAUUCAAAGGCCAAUGGAAAUACCAACUGACCAUUAUUGGAGUAUGAUGUUUGAUGAAUUGGUUGAUUUAGACGAAGAAAGAUUAAGGGCACUUGAUACUUUGACUAGACAAAAGGAACGAGUAGCAAAAGCCUAUAAUAAAAAGGUUAAGUCAAAAACCUUUGAUGUGGGGAAUUUAGUGUGGAAAGUUAUUUUGCCUAUGGACAAAAAAGAUAGAGUUUUAGGCAAAUGGUCACCAAAUUGGGAAGGACCUUUUAAAAUAAUUCAAGUAUUUUCGAAUCGUGCGUACGAGAUAGAAGAGUUAACUUCAGAAAAGCGAACAUUGAAUAUAAAUGGUAAGUAUUUGAAAAAAUAUAAACCAACACUUCUAGAAGUUAAUAUUAGCACAGAAUAA